CACUGCCUAUGCCAUUAUCGGGCCAGGUGAAUGCUCCUACAUGCUAUCUGUUUGACUAGCCAACUAUAUUCUAACAGGGCAUCAGAUUUCCCUGGUUGGGUACGUUUGACACCAAGUAAAACAUGAACCAAACAGGGAUGGUACAGGAUAAAUGGGCCCAAACCGGCUGGAGAAGAGAGCAGAAGUAUGCUAAUAAAGUGCUGUUAGGAAACUGGGCUGAAGAGAGAAUUCAGUUCACUCGGGAUCCAAAGACAGUCAACAGCACCAAUCGUAUAGACUACCGUCCCCACUGGGACUUCAAGCCAGACGUCUUUGAGAGAAGAUCUGCCCUGCUGAGAGCUGAGGGGCUUCCAUCCAAGCUGCUGUUUGCCCACUAUGUCCCACCAUCCUCUCAUUACUUGCUCACGCAGUAUGAAGAGAGCUACGGGCAUAAGCACACAAAUGCUUUGCCCAUUCUGCGACCCUGGCAUCCAGACAGCUUGACAUGGCAGCUUGACAGGUCUGACCGGCCAAUUUCUGCCCUUCCAACCAAUGUUGGCCCACUGCAGUCCACAAAGCAUCAUUUGGAAAAGCAGCAGUCACAACUCCCGUCACUCACUGUGUACAGGUCAGCAUACCAGAGGCACCCACUUAGUACCUUCUGCCAGAGCCGCUUUGUCAGGGCUUCACGCAUGCUUUCUAGCCACAUCCAUGCAGCCAAUCACAACAACAAGGACCUGGAUCUGAGAGGGUGCUUGCUACUACAAAUCCCAGAUCCUUGUGUUAGCCUACUUCCACAAGCACAACAGGUUUAGAGACAACACUGUGACUUGCUCCACAUGCUACUUGUUAAUUUAGAAGCUCUACUCAAAGUGUUACUGCUUUGAAGUUCAUUUCUUUAAUUUAAAAAAUAUGUUGCUGUAAGGACUACUGUUUCAGUUUAUAUAUUAUAUGAAUAUGUGUGUAUGUCUGUGUGUGUACUACAAGGACAAAGGCGGGGGCAGUAAAUUAUGUCCGCCUUUCCAGAGAAUAAUUACAUGCAAAUUCUUCCUCUCUGUACAGUUAAUAUCUGAAACUUCAAAUGGGCGGUUAGUAUUACCCUAGAUACUAUGUAGAAAACAUAAUAAAGUGUUGAUGCCAGAACUGACCUGGGCAUUGAGGCAAACCAGAAGCCAUGAGUCAUCCAAGGCAACCUCUGAAGGGAUGUGUCUAACUCCCAUCCCAUUAGGUAUUUAGUUACAGGGAAUCAAAGUGUUUAAUUAGGAAGAAUCAAAGAUGCUUAUGUUUGAUGGUCAACCAUCUGCGUCUGCCUCCCUUUUCCCCUGCCUGCUGCCUUCCAGUACAGCUGAAGCCCUCUGUUUCACCCACUGCUAGCUAGUUAGUCACUCUACUGUGUUGCUGAUGCCUCCGUCACAUGACGCCUCCGUGUUGUGGGAAGUCUGCUGAACAUGUUACACAAAGCACUGUUGUGUUUGCCUUAUGAGCCACAUGAUGGUGCUAUAGCAGCAUGUCACUCUCUGAAACCUGUCAGUGUGUCUUUCUCCUCAGUGUUACAGUAUAGUGAAACACUUUGUAAAUCAUCACUUGAUUGUAAAUUAUUAAAAAAUGAGGGAUUUAAUUCUUAUAUU